CCUCCGUUCUGACACUGACAUGAAUUAAAUGAUAAAGUAUUUUGUAGUAUUUUGUUCUGCUGCACAUGAGUGUAAUUGUGUAAUAUUUCAUUGAAAUUUGAAAGUCUGUGGAAAGUCUUUGUGUCUACAGAAAUUAACUGGUGAUCUACAGGACUGAUCUGUUGCAGAUGGCGGUGUUAAAGCAUUAUCUUUGUGCAGCACUGAUCCUAAUACAGUUUGUGCCGGAUCUAUUGGCUGCCUCGGACAGCAGCUGUCCGGCCUUCGCUGGGGUGCCUGGUACACCUGGACACAACGGCAGCCCUGGCAGGGAUGGUAGAGAUGGAAGAGAUGGUUUUCCUGGGCAAAAAGGGGAGAAAGGAGAUCCAGGAAUUGGUGCGCAGGGUCCUCCAGGCAAAAUGGGACCUGCGGGUUUAAUAGGCUCUAAAGGAGAAAAAGGAAAUGCAGGUCCACCAGGUGGUGAUGUUCAAAGCACAUUAACUGCACAACAGUCAGAUGUCAAAUACCUUACAGAGAGACUCACUGUGGUAGAAAAAGUCCUAGGAUUUCAGACCUUCAAGAAAGUUGGAAAGAAAUAUUUUGUGUCUGAUGGGCUGGUGGCAAAUUUUGAAAAGGCACAAAGCUUAUGCUCCGACACUGGGGCUAAAAUUGCCCUGCCGAGAAAUGAAGAUGAAAAUAAAGUGCUGGUGUCAAUGAACGAUACACUUAAAUCUACAUUUAUAUACAUCGGUGCAACAGAUAAAGAGAAAGAAGGACUUUUUGUAGAUAUUGAUAACCAGCCGCUAACUUUUACAAAAUGGAAAAAAAAUGAGCCAAAUGAUUAUAAUGGGAAUGAGGACUGUACAAUUGCUGAAAAAAGUGGUGUAUGGAAUGACAUAAGGUGUACUUUUGAAGCAAAUGUGGUGUGUGAACUAUGAAUAUGUUACCAGUCAGAUUUUGAAAUUGCGAUUAAUCUAAUUUCCUCUUAAUAAUUUAGUUACAAAAACAUUGAAGGCACACCUAUUGGUUUUCUUAUGAAAUUUAAUCAUUUUUAUAAUGAUAUGUUGUAAAUCUCCCACAAGCCACCAUAAUAAAAUGACCUCACAAGA